AUGUGCCGUUCCGAAGCUGGUGAGCACUUGCAGCCAAUGCCCCCAAAGAAGAGGUCCGGCUCAAAGAAGAAGAAGGAGGUGCUACAAGAUCCGAACACCAUUUCGAACGGUGAGUGCAACUACUACAUAGGCUCUUGGUCCUACUACCAAAGCAUAGACGCUGUCUCCGACAUUGCACACACGGUGCUGCAGCAGCACACAUCCGCUGAUGAAGAAGUGGGGACUUUGCCACGCACAAAUAUUCUUUUACAAGCAUGCAAGCUCGGGGACGCGAGUACCCACUAUGCUGUAGAAGUGGCCGACAACAUGGUUGUUGAGAGCGUGCCCCGAUCCUUUAUGGAAAAUGCAGAACAGUUGAAGAAGGAACUCAGCACGGAUGGAGAAGAGGCUUUGAAACAAGGGGAGACCGCUUCAGUGCAGGAACAGGUGGAUUCAUCUCCUGUAGUGAGUGAAAAGUUGAAGAAUGAGCUCAGCAUGGACGGAGAAGAGGCUUUGAAACAAGGGGAGACCGCUUCAGUGCAGGAAGAUAUAGAUUCAUCUCCUGUAGUGAGUGAACCCGAUGUUGGCGCCUCACGGAGCUCCCGCGAUGUGAUUCUGGAGGGGACCGUGCAUAUUGAUGGCAUUGUGACGCGCAUUGUGAUUAAACCCGACCUUCCAGAGCCUCCUGCUCCCCCACCAAUUAAGCGAGGGCGCUCCGUCAAGCGCAAGAAGAGUUCAAAGCUUAUUGAGGAAGAACAAAGGCGCUUAGCUGAAGCCGCACGAAUAUAUGAAGAGAAAGUUAAUGCAGCUGUUGCAGCUGCUCGGGAAGAGGAGGAAUAUCAAAUGCAGUUUGCACAUCCUAAUCGUUGGCCCCAUGUAGUAUUCUCUAAUAUGACUUUUGCAGGUCAGGUAAUAGUUUCUCAUGCACACGUGACAUUCCGCAAUUGCCGCUUUUCCGCAAGUGGCCUAGACAUUACCCAGCUUCUGGUGACGCAGUACUGUGAGGUGGAGUGUAUAAAGUGUACCUUUGAGUGUCCUGCAAAGGGCAGCGUUUACGGCUUCCCAAGGAGUAAGUUGACCUUUCGAAAAUGCCUCUUUACGGGUAGUUCAAAUAUGUUGCCUUCAGGGAUACUCGCCAAGAGUAAGGAUUGCAAACAGCGGCUCAGGGCUGUGGGGCUGCAUACCGACUGUUCUCGCGUCAUGGUGGAGGAUUCUCAAUUCACAGAGUUGGAAACUGCUAUUCUUUUGCGUGGCUCACACCCUGACGGCACCGCUGGAAAGCCAGGGAUGGUGGUGCAAGCCUGCAAGAUGGACAACAUCUUCGGCACAGGUGUCGUUUUGGACGGUGCGCGUGGGGUGGAGCUGACGAAGAACAAAUUCUCAGAGUGCGAAUACUACUCGUUGGACUGUGUCAAGGGCAAAGAUAUCCGCGUGUUUCAAAACAGGUUUUACUCGCAGGUUCGCGUUCAGGAGCGUGCGGAGGUGAAAUUCAUGCACAAUAAGUGUGGAACGGUGCCCCUGAGUUUGCAGGAAGUUGACAACCCCAACUGGCAGCCGGUGUACUGA